GAUGCGUUCGUGCCUUACUCUAUGGCAUUUAGCGAAGACUUGGAGAUUGCGUGCGAAUUCUUCGAAGCCGUGUAUGCCGGUUUGCAGACGUUGGACGGCCAGGGCAUCUCGGCCAACGAUAUGAAGGCUUGGAGCAAGGCGAAAGAGUAUCUGGCACCGCGGAUACUGAAGGAUGCGAGUGGCAACUAGAAGAGCCCACCCUCCCAGCGUAGAGCGCGUCUUGUGAGAGAUCACUUUGGUUUUAAUGUGUAAGUGAAGCACACUAUGCUUAUACGCACAUGCAAGACUGCAUACAAGCCGCGUAUGUUCGGAAGGAGGGUCCGGCUUGAUGGUUUCGCUGCCGGAAUAUUUGGCGCGCCUACUAUAUUUCAAAGAAGCAAUCAAAUAUUCAAGAGGCAAAAGGCCGCGUAAUAGU